AGAUAAAAUUCAUAAGAGACUCUUGUCCUUAUAGAUCAGAAUUCAGAAACAGAAACAUUCUGUGUUAAAAAGCCUUUUAUUUUGGGUGUUUGUUACCUAAUGGAAUGCGUUUCUUUCAAUUUGUCCGAUUUGAUGUAUGAAAACAAGGAGUGUUAAAAGCCAAUUAGUCUGUAAAUUGAUUUGAUUUGGAGUAAUUUAUAGAUCAGAACAGAAAUAUUCUUUGUUAUUCGUAAUGGAAUGCAUUUCUUUUGAUUUUUGUCUUCAUGAUUUACUAAAGUGUUUCUGAUUUGAUGUAUGAAAAAGAGUCUUUCAAUUUAUUUGAUGGAGUAAUUAAGAUGAAAUUUUAUAAGAGACAUUUGUCUUUGUAGAUCAGAAAUAUUAAUUUUUGGGUGUUUUCUUGCCUAACGUAAAUGAAUUGCAUAUUUGCAGUUGAGGGAGUUGUUGCUGGGGGAAUACAGCAAAAGAACAUGGCGGCAGAGGGAAGGAACUGCACUUGGGGAUAUUGGCAAUAUGGUUACUGUUGGAGGGGCUGAAGGCAAGCAGCAGCUUCCUCAGGUGUCUUGCCACCUCACAAGGGGUUUUUGUGCACAACUACUGGCUAAUGGACAAGCUGCAGCAGCUGACAAGAACAAGAAAUGUAUUGGUGCUGUGAAUGUGGAUUUGCUGCUGCAAAUGGAGGUGCCUAGAAAGCCUCCUGCUCAGAAGAGAGCUACUGUGAAGCCAAUCAAGCCUGAAGCUGUGAUUGUAAUCAGCCCUGACACUAAAGAAGAGGUGAAGGAAAAGAACAGCCUCCGCAGAAAGGCAGCAGCUGAAGAUUCAUUCUCGAAGCAAGGUUGAUUGAGACUCAUUCUCUGUUUCAGAGGCCGCCCCGGCUUCUUCUUGGCCUAGUCUACCUAAUAGGACAGGAGAUUCUUUCUUUUUGUAGGUAGAUUGACAAGUUUUCUGUAUGUGUGGGAAAUGUACAAAUUGGGUGUUUUUUGUUUCCUCAGGUCAUUGCUUUGUAGGCCUUUGCCUGCUGAUAUAGGAAGGUGUACCUGUGUUAUUGUGAAGGAAACAUCCCCAGAUGGGUUCAAUGGAGGCACUCUCUACUCACUCUACACCUAUGUAAGGCCAUUUUUGAGCACUCCUCUAGUGUGUAUUAGUUUCUUGCUUUGAUAAACAUUCUUAGUCAUUAGCAGUUUCUAGCAAAAUUGAAGUCUCAGCUUGUGUCUUAAAAUGUAAAUCUUUAUUUGAUUUAGAAACUUUGUAUCCUGGUUGAUUGUUUC